AAACUGUAUUCAAAAUAACUCUCAGAAAGAGUUUUGCUCUACAUAUGUAUUAGAGAGAAAUGUGUGUGUGUUAGUUAAACAAAAUGUAAACAAGAUCCUAUAGUAUCUGUCUAUUUUGUUAUUUCUAUUUCUCAUUUCUCCUUUCUUUCGUCGUGAAUCGGUCGCUACCCACGAAACACGAGCCAGACAGAUACCCGACGAUUCGCUGACACCUUGACUUCCUUGUUCGCUGACGUCAGCAGUCACUUCUCUGUUCUCUCACUCUCACCAUGGCACACCCCUGUGCAACACCCGUCGACGACUCGGGCCCAACGGCUGGCUGUCUGCAGAGGAUGCCUUGGUCGAGCGACUAUCACACACCGGCCCACAUACCCAUGGGAGGAAACCAGUCGCCUCCCAUCAUCUCUACCACAAGUACAAGCCUCUCUGGGUCCUCGUGUGACUAUGGGUCAGAAGAGGGCAGCUCAUCAACGUCUGGGUCAUGUUCACCCAAUGUGACAGUCACAGGACAGGCAUAUGUACUUAACACAGACGUCGUCGUAGUAGCUAACCAAGCAUUUAUUUGCAAACACAGACGGAAAACCUCUGAUAAGCCUCGAAAAGAAUGUGAUACAACGACUGACGGGGUGGAAAGCAGAGACACUGCAGAGAUUGAUGAUGACCCUACUGAGCAAACUAUAGGACCCACAGACGGAAGUGCCAUUCAAGGUGACGAGAUAAGAGAGGACAAUCAACAAAAACCAAUUUAUGUGAUCCAAACUCCUCCAAGGGAGAUCUUGCAACCGGACAUAGAGAUCGGCCAUCACCAGCCUGAAAUAAAAAAUGCUGGAUGUGGCAAACACAAGGCAUCAGUUGUGUUGGUGAUCCUGGUACUGUGCAUGGCAGCUGCCAUUGCAGGCGUCAUUGCCUCGCAGUUGAAAGAUCUUGUAAAGACAUAUCGGACCUCAGGUCUGGUUUCAGUGUCUGUGGAUGACUCUUUUCAUCCUUUGAUGGCUGAAAAGAAUUCUACAGAAUUCAACGCCUUUAGCCAAAAGUUUUGCGAUAGCGUUGGUACAAUGUUAGCUGGGAGUGACAACACCAGUGUUGUAGCCUGUACCGUACAGUCUCUAAGUAAAGGAAGCAUCGUGACCGGUUUUUCUUUGGAACUGCAAACCACUUUUAAUACCAGCAGUGACUGGCUGAAGGACUUGUUGCAGAACUCUGGGCUCCAUGAUGGAGAAUUCACUCACUGGUUAAAUCUUCGAGUAAAAAUGUCUUCGAUUAACGUUUCCUCCCUAGAGUCCAAACUAUCAGAUUCGAAAGUUCCGGGUACCUAUCCUUCAAAAGUGGAGUGUACUCAACCAUUUCUGCCUUUGCCUUACACCUACCCACAUUUUUGCGGAGAAUAUCAGGCUUGCACUUCUACGGGAGUAAAAUACCUCCGAUGCCCCGAGGACUUUGAGUUUUCUUACGAUUCGUCAGCAGAGGACACAGUGUGCUACAGACGGUCAGAAAACACUUAUUGUGGUCAGCGAAGGAGAGAGGAGCGAGUGUCAACUACGGCGACAGCUGCAACAACUACAGACACGAAACCUUUGACUGACACGACGUCUGUAGCAUCCUCAACGACCACCCUAGUCGAGUCAACGGUUACUAAGGACACAACAGCCACAUCUCUUCCAUGUUCAGAGAUCUUAGGGAACAAAAAUCUUUCCGAGUUAUUUCAUUGUCCAUCAACCGGGUACGUGUUCAUCCCACGACCUGACACCUUCCCUGACCACUGCAACAGUUACGUCUGGUGCGUUGAUGGGGUGACAUACAACAGCAGCCACAUCGGGUGCGGCGCCGGUGCACAUUACACCACAAUGGAGGACGGCCCUUGCUACCCUGCGGGGCACCCAAACACAUUCUGUCAGGUGGUGCGCAGAUGCCGAGAUCUUCUGACACAGAUUAAAGGAUACAUGACACCUUCUACAACAUUUACAGAUAUAUCAAAAAGUCCUGGAUAGCUGACCACAGGGGACUACGUGUUUCAUAAAAUACUCACCACAUACACGGAGAUACAUACAUAAAUGAAUGCUCAGUGCACAAUCGUUAAAGAAAGCUGUGAGCUAAGUGAAGGUCCUCGACUGAAAUUUGCUGGUCACAUUUAUGAAUGACAAUUUUGAUAUUUUAUUCUGGAAAACAACACCUGCAUUUAUGUGUUUAUGUGCAUUUAUACGUGUAUAUUGUACACGUGAAUAUUGAUGUAAGAGGCGCGUGUGGUAUUGUGUAUGUACUGAUGUGUACAUCCUCUGGAGAUUGUUUUCUAUCAUUCGAUUUGGAAAAAUGAAAUGUGUAUAAAUCGUCGGAUCCAUGAGGUUUCUCUAAACAUUUGAAGUCUUAUGACCUCCAAAAAAAAGUGUUUAAGAGCAUGCAACGGGGUAAACAAAUAUCCAGUAUCAACUUAUUUCGUCAAGUAUUCAGCGCAUGCGCAGUGUGUAAUCGUCGGUGGAUAAAGGGUCAACGGUGUUCAACGAAAGGAGACUGUAUGUGAAAACAGUUAGCCACUUAGUUGUUUUUUCCCGAGAAAUACAAAUGUAAAGAAAUGGUGGAAAAGAUGACUCUCGUGUUAUAAAAUGUUUCAACUAGGAAUUUAUAAAAGGCGAGAGAAAAGUCAGAAUUAUCUACUUUCCCGAUGGCGACGAUAAAUGCCUAACAUCUAGAAAAUCGUGGUUACAAGGGAGAGCCUCGUGCUCACAUCAAACUCAGGAACAGGUGGUAGACAGUUUGAACCAACUUUUCAAAUAAAUGACCCCAUCUUCACUCAGCUAGAUCCCAGUAUUACAUCGUGGAAGCCAGUAUAAACAAACAAGCGAAACUGCAAUUGCUUACAGUGUAAGCUCCAUCAUCUUUGUGUUGGAGGAAAGAAGAGUAAAAAUGUGUGUUGCAGCAUCAGGCAUUUAUUCUAAAAUAACAUUGUAAGUGUGAGAGUUAGCACUGCUUCAAGAUAUGCUUGAAUAAAUAACAAGAAAUGUG